CUUUUCCCACCACCAAACGACCUGCACGCAAACUGAUUUUUUAUGGAAACAAGCAGGACCAAGGCCCAUGACGCCCUCAACCUGCCCGAGAUCCGCUCACUGAUCGGGCUUUUCCUCGUGGGACACAAUGGCGAUAUCAUCUCAUGUAUGAUGGUCAAUAAGAGCUGGAGGGCAGACUUUCGGCGGAUCCUCUAUCUCAACCUCGUCCUCACAAGGCGCACUAUGGGUCCCAUCAUUCUACCGCUUCAAUGGCGUGCCUACGGACCCUACACGCAAUCGCUGUUCAUUGAGGAGCCGACCGUGGCCCAUCGAGACAACAAGCGCACCAAGACCUAUGGGAGCAGCAUUGGGGCCAGUCAGAGUAACAAGGUUAAGACCUCUUUACGGUCAUCCGAUUACAAUCUGGAUCCUGCACUGCACUGUCCCAAUCUGCUGCAUCUCACAGUGAGACUAAGCCCGAAACUCCUACCUUUGUGCUGCUGGACAAGGCAGGAGGACGCAUGGUACGAAGUUGGCGAGGAUGGAAAUCUCGCAGGGGAUGAUCAGCACCAGCACCAGCAGUCGAUGUUCAAGACCAGCGCAGUUGUUCGAUACGACAGGCAACAAGAGUCCUAUAUAGUGAGGACCAGCAACCGGAUCCUCGCCAUGCUGCAUUUCCACCCCAAGCUACAGACGUUUCGCUGGAUCGGCUCUUCGGAGACUCACAUGGAUCAGAUCGGCCGAUACCUUUUGACCAGGCAACAUCAAUUUGUGGAACUACAGCUGGAGCACUUGAAGGCUUCUGUCUCGGAGCUGAACACCAUUAUCAAUAACUGCACGAGAUUGCGACGGCUGGAUCUAAAGACGCUAGCUUUGAGGGCAGCACCCAACUGGACCGAUGUGUCAACGAGCACCGCGAACGAGCUUGCACCAUUUUUGAUGAGCCAAUUUGCCGCACUAUUCUCACUACCUUUGGCAACAUCACCAACGGACUCGGAUCUGCAAGUGAUACCGCGGCAACAACAGGCUAUCCUUGACCUGCAAGGUAUUGAAUCCUUAAAAUUAGAGGAGCCACACUUCCCGAUGCUGCAGCUUUGUAUCCACGGUCCGGCGCUUAAACGACUCUGUCUCUCCGACUGCCAAUUCCCUACUGGAUUCAACAACGCUGUCGGGACAAGCUCCAAUCACCAGCAAACCGACCCGACUAUGAGUACUCCAUCCGUGCCCUCAGCUCCUGAAUUUGGCGUGUAUUGGAACUGUCCGUAUCUUGAGACCUACCAACACAAUCAGACAAACGUCCUCUCGUCGGUCUUUGUGAACAACCUCCUGGACUCUUCUCGAAAGACUCUGUCCUCCCUCUCUUUGGUCUCCUAUACCAUGGAUUCGGAUUUCGUCACCGGCCUGAUCGACCGCGACCAAUGUCGGGUCCUAACGUACCUAAACCUUUCCAUGAGCACGUGGAUCAAGAGCACGGAAAUUCAGCUGUUGUUGUGUCAUUGCACCGAGUUGAUCGAGUUCAUUGGCCCGCAGGGCGUUCUUUGGGGGGAGGAUCUGGCACUGUCGCCUUUAUCGUGGACAUGUGUUAAGCUGAGGAGGUUGCAGCUACUCAUCUGCCUGGCGAGACCGGAUUCUGGAAUAUGGGAGCAGAGUAUGAAGAAAGGACGGAGCGAGGGGCCGUUGAGUUUUCCGCUUCAGGGGAUUUUAGGGUCGAGAUUUGCAUUCCCACAAAUUGCUGCUGCUUUACAAGAAGCGAGCGGGCAGACAGGAGCAGUCGGAACAGGAGUCGGGAGCGAUGAGGCUGGAGAGAUCGUAGAACCAGUCUCGGAGACGUUGAUGCGGCUGGAGGAUAUUCAGAACGCGGUUUAUGACCAACUUUCUCGACUGACGCAGCUCGAGUUCCUGGACCUGACAGGCGGCGGUAAUACGUCUUUUCAUUUCCUGGUCGAGUACCCACGUGGGAUCCCAUGGACGCUUGAUGCAGGGCUCGAUAAGCUACAGGGACUCGGUCGGAUGAGGGAACUGGUUGUUACAGGAUGGGAGGAAAAGAUGACGAGACAGGAGGCUCGAUGGCUGAAGCAGCACUGGCCAGAGCUACGGAAGAUUGUUGACAAGAGUGGGGAUUUGGCGCAGGGCGGCACGACUUUGGGAGGUGGGGAUGAUGAAGAUAGGAAGCCGGAUGAGGAUCGGGUUGUUGGGUGGCUCGCGUUUGAGAUCUGUUUGGCGCAGGAGUGGCCGGAGAGGUUCCCUGGCGCGAUCGGGCUGGUAACAGGUGGAUAAUACGUAGACACUCGAGUCAAAUUACUAAGCACCAUUUUUCUUUUGUA